AAAUAUAACCCAACUCUAGCAUUACUAAUUUUGUAGACCUGCGCACUAUUAAAAGUUCGACAAUAAGCGUAAACCAUUCAUUCAGCAGUUGCUCAGUUAAUCAGUGUGAAUUUAUAACACUUUUCACAAUUUCCUCGCUCAUUAACUCCAUUCUGACGAAAAUGUCGUCCACACCAAACACCGACACCAACAAGGACGCGGAUAAAAGCAAGGACACUACAAACACGGACAAAACCUCGACCGAUACCAGUAAGAACCAGUACAACACCCAAGAUACAACUAAGAAUCAGUACAGUUCGGAUGCCAACAAGUACAAUAAGGACUCCGAUUACAAGGACAAAGACAACAAGGAUAAAGACAAUAAGGAUAAAGACAAUAAGGAUACUAGCAAGUAUACAUCGGAUUUUAACAAGAACCAGGACUCCCAAUAUUCGUCUACCACUGGAAACCGCUACGGCGGUGCCACUGGCGGCCUGUCCACUGGUCAGUACAACCAGCAUGGCGGGCAGUUUGGUCAGGAUCAGCAGCACCGCGCUGGUGGAGCCAAUACCGGCAGCACCGCCGACAUUCACCAGACCCAGAGUAAGCUGAAGGAAGUUGGACAUCUGUUGCAACAGGCCGGACGUUUGCUGCAGGAUCUGCAGAUCAACGCCGGUGACCUGACCUCGUACGGAGCGGGAGCCGGGGGGUUGCACGGCAACUACGGCGGCGCCAGCAAUUAUGAUGCCAAGCAUUAUGGUGCGUCACCGCAGCACUAUGGCACGGGUGGAUACAGCGGCCCGUACGGCGGCAGCUAUGAUCGAACUCGGGAUCGCGACUACGGAGCACCGUUCGGCGGCAAUUACGGUGCGCCGCAGCAGCACUAUGGACAGUACGGCGGUGCCGGACAGUUUGAGUCGGGAUAUUCCCGACCGUUUUCGGCUCGCGGUGGACCGCGCGAUGAAUACCGCGGCAACUACUGAACCAAUCGCUCAGUUCACUUAGCGGCGCCAUGCACGACGCACGAUUAAUCACUUAAUUACCAUGUGCGCUACGAGAUGUAAAUGCUAGACUGCAGCUAAUUAAACUUUCGACAUUCUAUUCAUCAUUAUUACGACAAUGUUAGCGAACACAAAAUGUACUUAUUAACGGUGAAAAAUUGCCCUGAAUCGAUCAUGAUCGUUGUAGUACGGCUAAUAAAAUACGCAUGUCAUAA